AUGACUAAACACUCGAUACAACAACGCGCCAAUGCCGAGGGCUCCUUCGGCCGCCUUGCACAAGCCGUCCAAUUCAUCGCCCAUGUCAGCAUCAUCCUCUGCGCCUUGGGCCUCAGCUCAAAGCUGGACUGGCCGCCGUCCAUCGGAACGGCAAUCAACAGCCAGGUGGCCGACAUCACUUCACAUGUGCGUCCCGCGAGCAAACCGAUAGACCAACGCCCGGCUACGAUCCCGCUUGCGACGGUAGAACUGGAGUACUCGUUCGUCCAAGACCUAAGCAAAAGCCUCUGCAAGGACCCAAAGUUCCCUGGGGAGCAUCUUUCACGGUACAGGACGAACGAGACACCACAAGACGCCAUGAACCUCCAUUAUGUUUAUAAAAGGUUGGGAAAUAACAUCACUCGGGCCAACGACGGCGACAAGAUCGAAAACCAUGGCUAUAAGAUUCAUGUUGCACACGGGAUGGACACACUGACUACGCAUCUCGGCCAGUUCGGUGAGCUUUCCUCCGAGCUCUCCUCCAAGCUUUCCUCCAACACAUCAUCCGUCACCGUCACCGUACCACCAGUAGCCGUAGCGACGACCAUUACGACCAAGGACGAAUCCAUCCCCAUCGUACCCCACCCAUACCUUCCUUUGAAACAGAGCACCCGGAGAUGGCCGGUGGCGUCAAAGACAUACACCGAUAAGGAGACCCGCACGAUGACAGUCAUGAACGUCAUGAACCUAGAGGAUAUGUGCAAAAGGGGGCCAGAUGUUAUUGAGAAGGCUCAGGGCGACUGGGAGGUCUACGACCACUAUUUCAAAGUCCACAUGUGGCCAAAGAAUUGGGGCGAUAAUCCAAGUCACUUGGCAAAGGUUUUCGGUGUUGUUCCGAGGAAUCCUGCUUCGGGAGUCGUGACGGACCCUGGACCACUGAUGCUCGGCGAUUACUAUAAAGGCUCCUUCGACGACGACACCAUUGUCGCUAUCUCGAAGAUGGAGAAGGUGAAGAAGAUUGAGCAUAUGAGAAAGCUUGCGGGAACUGACGAGCAAUAUGACGUGCACCCUUUUCGCUGA